AUGGAUUCCCAGAGGGCAGACUCUGGCGGCCACGGCUUGAGGCCUCGCAUGGCCGCAGGUUCGGGGUCGGUGGCCGAGCUUGUGUAUCACCUGGCGGGAGCCCUGGGCACUGAGCUCCAAGAGCUGGCGCGGAGCUUCGGGCCGGAGGCAGCAAGCGGGCUGGUGCCGCUCGUGGUGCGGGCCCUGGAGCUCCUGGAAAAGGCUGCGGUGGGGCCUGCGCCAGACUCGUUGCAGGUCUCCGCACAGCUGGCCGAACAGGAGCUGAGGCGGCUACGGGAGGAGAACGAGCGCCUUCGCAGGGAGCAGCACUGUGGGCCGCAGGAGGAGCGCGCUCUGCUACGACAGCUCAAGGAGGUGACGGACAGACAGCGGGACGAGCUCCGGGCGCACAGUCGUGAGUUACUGCAGCGCAGCCAGGAGACCGAGGCGUUGCAGGAGCAGCUGCACCGCCUCCUGGUGGUGAACGCCGAGCUGCGGCACAAGCUGGCGGCUGUGCAGACGCAGCUGCGCAAGGUUAGGGACCGAGAGGCCGAGAAGGAGCUGCAGGGCCAAGAGUCCCCAGGGCUGGUGGCGCCCGAGCAGCCAAAAGCCAGGUGUCAGCAGAGGCAGGAGCCUGAACCGGUGACCCCCAGAGCUGGAGCUACAGAGAUUCCUGAGGACCUAGCAGAUGCUCCUCAGCAUCCGGGGACUCCCCCCGAGGUAGGCCCGUGUGGCUUCAGUAGAGAGGAGGUUAAGCAGAUUCUUCAGGAGCGGAAUGAACUCAAAGCCAAUGUAUUCCUGCUGAAGGAGGAGCUGGCCUAUUUCCAGAGGGAGCUGCUCUCAGAUCACCGGGUGCCUGGGCUUCUGCUGGAAGCCAUGAAGGUGGCUGUCCGCAAGCAGCGUAAGAAGAUCAAGGCGAAGAUGUUGGGGACCCCAGAGGAAGCAGAGAGCAGUGAUGAUGAGGAUAACUCAUGGAUCCUGCGCCCCAGUGAUAAGGAAAACCAACUUCCACUUCCUGAAUCCAGAAUACAAAGUUUCUUUGGCCUGUGGUAUCACAAGGGUGGAGCAGAGGGCCCUGAAGCUGGGACCAGCAGCCCCACACCUAGCAAGCAACGGGGAGAAGAGGAAGCAGUUCCUCAAGCCCCUGCUCCAUCCUGCCCGCUGACCUUCCUUUUCCUUUCAUUUCACAUUUCAUGA